UCGAGGACCUGCGCAGUAGGAAUCCCGAGACCUUUAAAUGUACUGUACGUGCAAAGAUGGCAGCGCAAGUCGACUUGCUCCAUGCGAAAGUAGAAGAGGAAAAGCUAAGGGAUAGUCUUGAUAGAUUCAUCAAAGAGAAGAAAAAAAAGAAGAAAAGGGACCUGUCGCCGUCAGCUGACAAACGGGAGAGGUCUGAGAAAGAAGCGAAGAAAGUGAAGCUCCAUCACCACCAACACGCCGAGCACCGGACCCACCAGCCGCAUCAGCUGCAGCAAAAUCCUAAACCCCACAACUUCAGCGCAGACAAACAUGUCAUGCACAGCCAUCAGCACAGCCACCACCACCAUCACCACCAUAAUCACAGUCUCACCAACGGUACAAAGAAGAACCUGCAGCCGACUUUGCCGCCUGCUCCUCCGCGGAAGGUACCAGAGCAGCUGCAGAAGAAGCGAGCGGUGCCCCCCGAGCCACCUGCGCUCUUCACUUUCACGCCUCUCAAAAUGGUCAAGGCCAAGCCCCAGGAUCUCAAAGAAAAGCAUAGGGAGAAAGACCUGAAACUGAAGCUGAAGAAGGAAAAUACCGAGGCAAAUGUGAAACACGCUGAACUGAAGAAAAAGAAGGAGCCAAGGCCCCACAAUGAGAAUGUCAAAUCUCUAACACUGGAGGAAUAUCUCCUGAAGAAGAAAAAGAAGAAGAAGAAGCACCGCGAGGAUGAGCACAGUGCCAAGAAGGUCCGAUACAUGCACAACAAAGCGGUUCAGACUGUAUGUGCAGGGCUUGGAGCAGAUCUUAAUCUGCCCAUUCUCCCUGAGCCGUCUCUGUCUGGCACCGUGAAGCACGAAAGCAAUCGCCAGCCUGGCAGAGACACUAUCGACAACCACCAACCCUACCUCCAUGCUCUCAAACUGGGACACAUCCCCUUCCUCUCCCACCAAGACCACUUCAUCCGCAGCUCCUGCCUCCAGACAGGCACCUGGUGCGGACGCUUCAUGCAUGAGGAACGGCAAGCUAAUGGUGGAGGAUCAGUUCUGCAUGCCUAUGCUGAUGAGUUAGCUUGUCUCAGCCCGGCUGAGAUGGAGUGCUUUGCCCAGGAGUUUCUGGAGUUGGCCUUUGCUGAGAAGCCUAGAGGUGCAGCCUCCUAUGCCUUGGCAGUGGUGCACAGUGCAGCGGCCUACCUACCUGACUUCCUGGACUACUUUGCCUUCAACUUCCCCAACACACCAGUCAAAAUGGAGAUACUGGGCAAGAAAGACAUUGAGACCACCACUAUUGCCAACUUUCACUCUCAGGUAUGUCAAAAGGUGAGCCGGACUUACUGUUCAGGAACGUACCGGUCCGGACCCAUGAGGCAGAUAAGCUUGGUGGGAGCUGUGGAUGAGGAAGUUGGAGACUAUUUCCCAGAGUUCCUUGACAUGCUGGAGGAGUCACCCUUUCUCAAGAUGACCCUACCGUGGGGAAGCCUCUCCAGUCUGAAGCUGGACUGUCGCUCUCAGAGUGACGAUGGGCCCAUCAUGUGGGUGCGACCAGGAGAACAAAUGGUACCCACUGCUGACAUGCCCAAGUCGCCUUUCAAAAGACGCAGGUCCAUGAAUGAGAUAAAAAAUCUACACUACCUGCCGAGGGCCAGUGAACCCAGAGAGGUUCUGUUUGAGGACCGAACUAAGGCCCACGCUGACCAUGUAGGCCAGAGUUUUGACUGGCAGAGCACUGCUGCUGUGGGGGUACUGAAGGCAGUGCACUUUGGAGAAUGGAAUAACCGACCUCGGAUAACCAAAGAUGUAGUUUGUUUCCAUGCUGGGGACUUCAAUGAAGUUGUCCAGAGGCUGCAGCUAGAUCUGUAUGAGCCCCCAGUGUCUCAGUGUGUCCAGUGGGUUGACGAUGCCAAACUCAACCAGCUGAGGAGGGAAGGCAUCCGCUAUGUCCGUGUCCAGCUCUGUGACGACGACAUUUACUUCAUUCCGAGGAACGUCAUCCACCAGUUUAAGACGGUGUCUGCAGUCUGCAGCCUGGCCUGGCACAUCCGCCUCAAACAGUACCAUCCAGGGGAGAAGGACAAGGAGGAGGAGCAGAGGCCCAGUGAUCUCAGUCCCACCUCAGGCCGAGUCUCUUUUUCCUCCCCAGCCAGGCCUGAUGCCACCGUAACCCCCUGUGCACGACCACAGGGAGACAACGUCCAAGGUGGGGUGGCAAAGACUGAAGAACCAGAGUUCCAGAGGCCAGCAACACCUCCCCAGGAGCCUCAGCCAGCCGCUCCACAGCCCACCAAAUCCGCUCAUUUGCCCCCAACAUACCAAGUUCCCCACCUUUCCUUGGAACCAGUCCACUCUGGAUGUACACCUUCAAAAGAGCCCACCCUUCCAAAAGCCCUCAGCCACACUGCACAUUUCCCUAAAUGACACCCCCCCACUCCCACCCCCACCCCAAAUGGACAUCUGAAUCAAUCAGGAAGCCUUUCAACUUAAAUUAUUCUUCACAGUUUUUUAAAUCUUUACAUGUUGGUUAAAAUGUUCCCAGAUGUUUUGUUUUUUUGUUUUGUUUAAUGGGACUAUGUAACACAUUUUAUUUAUAUUUGAUAGCACCUAAACUGGAACUCUCUACUGUUUCAUUCAAAAGGUGUGUAUCAUGUAAAGAAUCAUUUUUAAACUGACAAUACAAGUUGCCCCACUUACUGUAAGAGACACAUUUUUAAUUUAUGUUCAAAGCUCAGCUAUUUCUUUUUUUGAUAGAAUUAUGUAAUGGGAGAUGGAAGUCUGUGGCAGUUUCUCAAGUGCAGGUGGAAUGACUGUAUACAUACUAAGUAUAUGAUUACUCUGGAAGCAUGAUACUGACAUUAUACUCAUUUCAGUGACAUAGGCUUAUAGACUAACCUUACCCAGAAGAUACAGUUGACUCAGUUUCAAAACUGGGACUUUGCCAUUUGAAUCAAAUGCUUGGAACAUGUUGGAUUUCCUGGAUUGGUAACAACCAGUAAACAUGGGAUAAUCAAAAUGAAUGAUGUCUUUUGUUUUGAAAAAAAAAACUUUAAAUGUUUAUUUUAAAUUGAAGAAGAUACAUUUACAGGCAUAUGAUUAUCUAAUUAAACGACAAGCACUUAAAACUUUUUGUCAGCUUUAUAAGUUGCAGUUUGCGCAAUUCUUAAUUUAAAUGCCAUUUUAUACAGCGUCCUAUUUCUUACUGUUGAUACUGUUUUGGAUAUUUUAUUUAUUUUCUUAAGAUUGAGCUCAACAUAUGGUCACAGGUUUAUAACCUGUGAUGAAUAUUUAAGAUUAUUAUCUUAAAUAUAAUAGCGCCUCUAAAUGACGAAGGAAUUACAGCUAUUGCACUUAGCAAUAAUUGUCUGAAUCUUUUCUUCAGGUGUGGAGCAUGUCUUCAUAAUUUGGUAUGUAAAUAUUAUAUUGUUGUAGCUGGGAAUAUGUGAAUGCCGUCAGUGCACCCAAGUCAUUUUUCAGUUGAUUUAAAUUCAUUCUCACCUUUAGUUUUAGCUGGUAAUGUCACUGGGUUGAUGAAGGCACCGGUGUAGUGGGUUACUGUGGUUGUGUCCACUCUCCUCAGUGUAAUUGUGUGGAUUUAUACUGCGAAUUCCUGUUGUUUUUUCCCAUAGUUCCAGCAAAGUCUGGAAUAAUGAGGCCUCCUGCAAAAUUAUCCAAGACUGAACAUGACAAUGUUCUAUAAUGUGACAGAUGGAAGUAAAUUUCACAUUUCUUUCUAAAUAAUGUGUCCUAAAAUAUCUUCACAUUGAACAUGGUCAUCCAAAGUUUCUGAUCAGAGUACGACAUUUACUGUUCAUCUGAACCUCACAGAGGCCUUCAUUCUGUAGUCUUCUACAAGCAGUCUUCUAUAAAGGAAGUGAUGGUGUGACACUGCCUUUGCUCUACCACUGACUUCUUAGUGCCUUGUACUGUACACGGUUAGCCUCAUUAAAAGCUGUGAGGUAUUUUUGUUGAUGAGUAGUAUGGUAAAAUGGAGAUUGGCCAAACAGCCAUAGUGUAUCUUGUUUUUGUUUUGUUUUUCUAUUUAUAAAAAAUGUUGCUCACAUGAUGCUAAUUGAUUUCUACAUCUGCAUGUCACCUGGAAGCAAACAAUUAUUAGAGUUGAAAAUUAUGCCUUUUAUACAUACUAGAUCCUAUUCAGGAAGCAGAAUGGUCAGAAAUAUGUAGAAAUAAAUUGACAGUUACAGUACUGUCAUAUCAGCCUUUUGUCAUAUUUGUUGUGAUGCUCUGUGUUUUAGAACCAAUGAUUGCUGUUGUUAAUGUUUGUACUGAGACAUUUUUAAUACUCUCUGUCAGUUUCCUGGAUGAUAAGUUGCAGACAGUAGAGAUCUGGUACCGAUAUGAUUCAGUCUUUGUUAAGUAGAAAAAAAAAAACGCAAUGAGAAUCCAUAGACUUUCUAUAUUUUUUAAUAAAUACUUUUGUCUGUAACCAGUGUAUGUAACACAGUUUAACUGUACAGUUGCAUCAUAUGUAUAUUCAAUGUACAUCACAUUCACUGUACCUUAACAUAUCCUAUUGAAGAUAUUGAUGAUCCUUUUAAAAGAUGGUGCUUUUAAAAUGAUAUAAAAACUA